AUGGACCUUGGGAAUGGUGAUAAAUCCAACAUUGACAAUGAUCUUUACUUACCUCAAACUGAUUCCUUCUGGGAAAUCGGUAAAUACAAUCGUGUGGUCAAACGAUGCGAUGAUGGAAAUAAAUUGACAACUGAUCUACUUAGUAUGAUUAAUGAACGAGCUGAACUUGAAAAAUCGUUUUCAAAAAUGCUCAAAGGCUGGUCGAAGAAAUGGUCGGAUUAUGUUGCCAAAUCACCGGAAUUCGGUUCGAUGACGUCAGCUUGGAAAGCAAUUAUGAAUGAAGCUGAUGCGUCAGCUGAGGUUCACCAAAGCGUUCAUGAUGAAUUAGAAAAUGAUGUUGUACCAUCGAUAAAAGCAUGGCAAAAAGCUAAAUAUGUCAAAUCAAUGAUGCACAUCAAAUCAACAAAAGAUUUUGAUGAAGAUUUCAAACGAGCUCAAAAACCAUGGGCAAAGUUGUAUGUGAAAGUUGACAAAUAUAAACGUGAAUAUCAUACAGCAACAAAGAAUUUGAAAAUGGCUGAGACACAAGAAAAUAAUGCGAAACUCGAUGGUGCCAUUCCACAGGAUCAACGUGCUAAAGUUGCCGAAAAAGUCGAGCGAUGUCGGAAAGAAAAAGAGGCUGCUAAAUGCAAAUACACUGAAGCUCUUCAAGAAUUGAAUCGAUCAAAUCCGAAAUAUAUGGAUGAUAUGAACGAGGUCUUCACCCGGUGUCAAGUAUUCGAAAGAGAUCGUCUCGCGAAAUUUCGUGAAUUUCUGGGUGCUACAGAAAAAUGUCUUGAUCUGACUCAUCGAUUACAACCAUCCGUCUUCCAACAAUUUUCUCAGACGAUUAAAAAUUGCGACCCAGAUAGAGAUUUAUCAUGGUGGUCAGACACAUAUGGUGCAACGAUGAAAAUGAAUUGGCCCAUAUUCGAGGAACCUACAGAUCUAGUUAAUCACUUUCAACACAUACAACAACAAGCGACACAGUCAAAUCGCUUCUCUUAUGCUGACGAUUCAACGUGCAAUUAUGACACAUGUCACCGUCGACCGUUAGCACAUUUUGUUAGUCAAACAAGUGCUGCUGUCUUAGUUGUCGAUUCCUAUGCCACUAUUCGUCGAUCGAUGCGACGAACAGCUGCUGUUGUCACACGCGUUCGCCGAGAUCGAGUCAAACGUGAAGAAUAUUCUGAUGCGCAACGAACACUUUCGCGGCGAAAGGGCGAUCUCGAACGCGAAAAUCCCGUCAUUGUGACUGCUAUUCGUUCAAGUCAAAAUGGAGGAUCGACUAACAUGUCUACUUCAGAUAUUCGUCAAUCAACGAAUUAUGUAAAUCAAUCACCAGUACCACCGAUACGCAGUGCUCAGCCAUUUGUGUAUCCCUCGUUGACGACAAGUAAUACUGGCAGUGCGAAUCCUUUCGGUGAUGAUGAUGACGAUGAUGAUCAUCAUCAUCAUGAUAAUCAUAAUCGAAGAGAAAGUGCAACGACCAAUCGUUCAAAUCAUACAAGUGGAACGAAUAAUAACGGAUUUUCUAAUGUGCCGCCGUACCCAACAAAUAAUAUUCAAUCAUCCUAUCCAGCUUCAGCGAAUCCAUUUUUAGACGAUGACGAUAAUAUUGAUUCUUUAUCGCCAUCGCAUCAAACGUCUCAUCAAUCACCAGCGUCAACAGGCGGUUCAUCACUCGAUAGUAGUGCCGGUGCACCUGUACGAGCACUAUAUGAUUACGAAGCACAAGAACAAGAUGAAUUAUCAUUUAAACAAGGUGACAUAUUUACUAAGUUGGAAGACGAAGAUGACCAAGGAUGGUGUAAAGGUCGCGUCGGUGGUCGAAUAGGUCUCUAUCCUGCAACUUAUGUCGAAAGUCUCUGA